CUUUUUUCUCAAUAGUACUACACAAUCAAGAUGUCUUCGUCUCACUCGACCACCUUCAAUACUUUCUAUAACACCAUCAAUGGCACCCUCCGUACCUCAAACACCACCUACACCUCAACCAACCCAGCAACAGGCACCACCCUUCAUGAAGCCCCAGUAGCCAGCUCAGCGGAUCUCGACGAAGCCGUCAUCGCAGCCAAUGACGCCUUCCUCACCUGGAAAAGCACCACCUGGAAACACCGGAGCGAGCUCCUAACGAAGCUAGCCGCCCUGAUCACGGAAAAUGCGCCGUCAUUAACGGAAUUGUUGAUCGCUGAGACAGGAAAGCCGGUAUGCAUGAUACCGAACCCAUAUCAAACGUGUUCUAACACACAUGAAGACGUUCUUAGCGCAAGCAGAAAUCCAGAUAGCUCAAGACACUCUGCUGCAUUUCGCUUCACUUCAGCCCGUUGA